AUGGACGACGAGCCAGAGUAUCCGCGCGAUCACGGUCGUCCGUUCGACAAGGCUAACGGGCCCUCAAGCCAACUAUCCUCGUCCAUUGAGGGUGGGAGGCAGAGGCGACGCAAGGGCCAAGCCGCUCCUCCUGACCCGAGGAGCCCACAGGCUCAGAUCACUGGGCCGCCCAGAGACGGCGAUCGUCGGCGGAAUGGCGGUCCAGCCAGAGACCACAACGACACCAGCGGUGGCGUCAAUUCGCCUGUCGACGAGCAUGGCAGGAAUCCGCGGCGCAACACACCCGGCAACAGGUGCGGUGGCCGGUACUCGCGCCAGCCAACGUGGGGUCAACCGCAAGGCUUUAUGUACGGAUACCCCAACUCGUACGGGCUGAUGCCGCCACACAUGCCGCAAGGACUCAGCCCAUACCCGCCGAUGAAUUACCACUCCUACAUGGCCCCUCCGCCACCACCACCACCCCCGCCUGCUGCCACGGCUCCGGCCGCUACAGCGGCACCUGCAGCGGCACGAACAACAGAGGUUGGGACAAGCAAGGGGAAGAAUCUGGAUGAUGAGGUUCAGCAGCUCAAGGAGGGGCACGCCAGGUUCAUCCACGAGAAGCAAGCUGAGAAAGAGGCUACCAUGCGGCGUGAGAUCGAGGCCGGGGUCGCCCGAGAGUUCGAAGAGCAGGCACGCCGGCUUGUCGAGGAGCAGGCUUUGGUGCUCAAGGAGCUCGAAAACGAGAUGCAGAAGGCGCGAUUCGAGGCAGAGGCAGCGGCCCGCGAGCGUCUGGAAGCAAGCGAGAGACAGAAGCGAGAUUGGGAGAAGCAGGUCGAGGAGUUUGCGGAACACACCAAGCACGAGAUGGAGAAGAUCCAGCGGGAGAGGGAGAAGUCCCAGAGAGAUAUGGAGAGGAGAGAGGCGGAGCGGCUGGCGAACGAGGAGAAGCGGACGGCGGAGGUCGUUGCUGCCGCCCAGUCCGUUGAAGAGGAGAGGUUACAACUAGCAAGGGAGACAACAUCUGCGAAAGAGGAGCUUUUCGAGCUACAAACAAAGAUCAGGGAGGAGAUCAGAGCCGAAGAAGCAGAAAGAAGGGCAGUUUUUGAGGAUCGCCUUCUGCGAGAGGUGAAGGAAGCCAACGCCAGCUCAGCAGUUACAGGGGAGAGCAUCAAGCGGAAAGUCGAACAGCUUCAAAGGGCAUUGAACGAGGGAAAGUCCGCCGUACCAGACGCUCUCAAGCUUGCUGACGAGGCAAAGCUCGCAGAGGACGCAACAAAGACUGCAGAGUGGGCGACGCAACGCAGCAAGUUUCCAGAAACACCGCCAUCAUUCGUUCAGUACCAAGAGGUGGACCCUGUCUUACAAGCUUCAGAAGUUCGCGAGCCUGCCGAGCAACCGCCAUUGUUCAGCGAGGAGCAUGUAGAGGACCGGGGAGGUGCAGGCAGCAAUACCGAGGACAACGACGAUGAUGUCCCUGAGAGCAGCUCCUCGGGUAGCGAGCAACUGGUUGACUAUGAUCGCGAGGCCAAGGAAGCUUGA